AUGUCUAACGAGAAACAAGUUGAAAAACAUGAAAAACGUCAAAGAAAACAAAAAAGGAAACAAGAAAAUAAACGUAAAAACAUUCUAAACGCUUGUAGCUGUUGUAGGAUAAAAAAGACAAGGUGUACCGGCGGAGCUCGGUGUGAUUGUUGUACUCGAAACAAUUUAGUGUGUUUUUAUCCAACUCCAAAGAAGCGUGGUCCGAAACAUCGCCAGGACAAUACACCACAUAAUAUUCAUCAUGCGCAAAAAAAUGACGCAAUUAAUCAUCUUUCUAAGAGAAUUAGCAACGUUGAAGAUAUGCUUAGUAAAGUUUCCGGAGAAUCGAUUGAUAAAAGCUUCAACAACGGAGAAGUUUCUAAUGCAUCAUUCGCGCAGUCUGCGACUGCGUUUAUGAAUGAACAAUCUGCUUUGUUAUUAUCAAGCUUUCCAGUUAACAAUCUACAAUAUGAAAAUUCCAUUGACUUCUCGGAGGAUUCUCAGUAUUUUUCCCAAGCUGUAUUUGGAGAACAACCUUAUAUGCUACAUAAUACGUUACCUACCUUUAAUGAAAAUAGCAUGUUUAUACCAGGGGCCUAUUAUACUACAGAGGAACUUACUUUUGCGGAAGAACCUUCAAGUGAUGAAUAUUCUCUUUGA